UUAAUCUGUAACAUCCAUUCUCAACCGUCAACAACCGCCAGGAAAGUUUGUUGAUUUUUGAUCAGUUUUAUCAGUGUAAAAACUUAGAAAUUAAUUCAAUACUUAUCCAUUAUCAACAUGUGUACCAGUUUAAGAUAUUUUAUAUAUGCCUGCAUCUUCCUGAACGUAGUGCCUUACGUUUUCAGUAUAAAAUGCUGGAAUUGCCGGUCAAGUAACGAUCCUAAAUGCGCCGAUCCAUUCGACAACAGCACCGUGCCGAUCACUGAUUGUAAACAAGAAAAAGGAUUGUCGCAUUUACCGGGAGUCAGACCAUCAAUGUGCCGCAAAAUUAGACAAAAAGUAAAUGGAGAAUGGCGGUACUUCCGUGACUGUGCGUAUCUCGGUGAGGUUGGUAUCCAAGGCGAUGAGAGAUUCUGUCUUAUGAGGACUGGUACUUACAACAUUUUUAUUGAAUACUGCACAUGUAACAGUAAAGAUGGAUGCAACGGAUCAUCAGCAUUGAACCCGUUAUCAUUAUUCUUUGUUUUAUCUGCCUCUGCUAUUCUUAAGUGGUUAUUCUAAUUCAUAAGUUUUAAAAUGGAACAUCAAUUUUGAAAGGAGAUUGGGAGUUCCUGGGCUAUUGGCGGCCAGCCAUGAAAUUGGUAUCAAAUGAUAGCUCUAGUAAUUAGCAAUAAAUUUUACUAUUAACCCAUGGGACAUUUAGGGAAAAACAGAUUUGCUUUCAAAAAUGUAUGAGCUAAGACAUUUAAUUAUUCACAGUUUGGGAUAUUCAAAGUCUUUUAAUCUGUUCUUCAGAGACUGGAUUGUUAUUUCUAAGCAAUCCUGAUCAUCUCAUACAGGUUUUUGAAGAAGUUCUUUUUGGAUUUUGUACUUGUAUGGAAAGGAGCUUGUUGUUAAAUAGCAAUUUCCAUGUUACAGAAAGCACUUCAAGCUUCAUGAUUUUUAAAAUCAUUGCGGCCGGUGAUAGCGAAGGGUCCAUAGAAACUUGCCCAUUCUCCUUUAUGUUUUUACUGCAAUAAUUUAUGUAAAGCCUAUUCAUCUGAUGAGUUAAAUAGUUGAAAAAUUUUACACAUUAAAAAUUUAUCUUCUUA